AUGAACGGGACACAGCCGCCGAAAGACCCUGCUGCUGCGGCAGCCCAACAGGCGGCGAGCAAUACAAAUGCGAAUGGCAGCUCGACGGCGAUCAACAAGAAGCGCAAGAAGGACGGCCUGAAGCCCAUCAUCACCACGGAAAACCCACAAGGAGAGCCGGCCGUGUUCCGCGGAAUACAGAUUACGCAGCGCAAGAUCCUGUCACCCAUCGCCGCUGCGCCAGCCAGCCUUCGAGUCGUUGGCCACCAGACGUGA